UCCGCCAAGAAAAAUGGAACGGUAUAAUAAAUUCUUACAAGUACAAUAAUGUUAAUUGGAAUGUAGACACCCUGAUUAAUCUCAAGAAAUCAAAUUGUAGCGCAGCCUCCAAUUAGCAUAUAUGAACCAUAUAUUCGGAAUUAGUUUACCAAACACACAUAAUAAUACACACAGACCAAGGAAAAGGUGAAUGAAAAUAGCAAAGCAUCGAAAAGAAAACAAAGUGCAGGGAAGGGAAGGAAGCAAGUAGAUCACAUCACAGGGAGAGACAAGACAAUCAAAUCAAAAGGAAAGGAAAAGAAACCCAAACCAUCCUUCCUUCCUUCCCCUGCUCUAGUUCACUUCUCUACCCAUCCUCUGCUUUUUACUCUGUUCUUGGCUGUCUCUCCCUUUUGCUUUUCCACUUUACCACCUCAAAACAAAUACGAAACUGCAUACAAUCUUCAAUACGCCAACUUCCCUUUCAUCUCCCACUAUAACACUCUCACUAGCUCCCACUCCCCGGCUUUUCUUUUCUUUUCUUUUCUUUUCUUUCGGCUUCCCCCUCACAACCUCUUCAUGGCGGCAUCGCCAUGGCUGCACUCUGCCUCGCUCCUCAACCACAUUCUUCUGUUCAUCGCCACAUUGCUAUUUCAGCAGCAGGGACAGGGAGGGGUGGUUAUGGUGGAGGCAACAUCGUCAUGGUGCGUGGCUCGAAGCGACGCUAGCUACCAGGCGCUGCAGACGGCUCUGGACUACGCAUGCUGGGCAGGGGCCGACUGCACGCCCAUCCAGUCAGACGGUCUCUGUUUCCUCCCCAACACAAUCCAAGCUCACGCUUCCUACGCAUUCAAUAGCUACUACCAGCGCAAGGGGAUGGCCCCUGACUCCUGCGACUUCUCCGGCACUGCCAAUAUCGCCCGCACCGAUCCCAGCUAUGGAUCUUGCGUCUAUCCCUCUUCUCUCAGCGCGGCAGGAGGGGCAGCUACACCCACAAUGCCGACAACUAACCCCAAUUCGCUCACACCGCCGGUGACCACCACUACUACUCCGACCACCAUCACCGACCUUUCUCCACCGAUGCCCACCGACAACUCCAAAGCUUCCAUCAGACCCAUGGACAUUGCAAUGCUACUGCCUGCUGCCUUUGUGCUCCUACUCUUGUUUAGUUUCUGAACUGAAUUCUAAACCAACCUGUUGAGCCAAGGCAGCAGCUACUCUUCCAAACACUGGAAAAGCUGCCACAGUUUUGUCAGAGAAAAAGGUUGCAGAAGCUGGCCUUCUUUUGUUGAUUCCUGGAGUGAGUAUCAAUUUUCAGAGAGAGCUUCAGAAUAGAAUGGCAGAAACAGAUCUUCAAUUUUCUUUCCCUUUCUUUCUUUCUUUCUCUCAACAUUUUUCUCUCGGAUGGUUACCAAUUGUAUCUAGAAUAACCCUACUGUAGUCAC